GUACAGAAAUCAAAGAAGAAGGUAUUAUGUGCACAAGUUGAGAAUUUCUUUGUGGAACUUCUCUUCAGCUUCCUAACGAUCCCAUUGGGUGCCGUAAAACGUUUAACAAAGGAUAAUUCUUCUCCGCUGGGUAUAGAUAAUUUGUACAAUAGUAUUUCAAGUUUCGGAGAUCGGAAAUACUUGAAAUCCGAGGAUGUCACGACCAUGUUACUUUGCCCGAAACUCGCAGCUAAUUAUCUGCGUGUGACCGACUUUCUUCCCAUUUACGAUGUAAAUACAAGCAAGGGUCAUUUCCUUAAGGAACAAACGACAUUUAUAGUUUCUGAUGAUCUAGAAAUAACAGUGUCACCGUCUAUAUCAACAAUUUCGAAGUUCAACACACUUGGCAUUUCUGUUGGUGAUAUCGAGGUUAUCGAAGCGAGCGUAGGUGAACAAGAGGCACUUUUAAUCCUCAAAGCUUCUAUCACCUCAACAUCGGCUUUAACGGAUUGCCUCGAUGCGCUUAUGAAGAAGCCAAAGGCAUCGACUUGAAGCCCUAAUUCGGUUGCUCAUGGAUUCAGUCAUGAUAUUUGUGUCUUGUACUAGUAUUGUUAAUGGUUUACGCUCGUGUGUUAUGACUUUGUGUAUAUGUAUAUCGUUAUUUCUAUUGCAAAAAUUGUACUUGAUGAUGGAAUAGUUGUGGAUUUAUAUUGU